AUAGGAAUAGGUAAAUAUUUGUUGUUGCUUUCAAUCUGAUUGAUUGCUCCACAAACGCGCAAAAUUCAAAUUUGACGCGCAAAACCCCGUCAAAAUUUUAAGGUUAUGUUCAUGUUUUUUGAAUUGCACAAGUUUAUUUGGUAAAAUGCCCAAAAUAAAGCUUGACCACGUUGUUAGUUUCAGCAGCGAGGACUCCGUUCACGUCGCAAAUAACGUUCUAAACAGCGAUCCCGCUAAAAAAUGGAAAUGCAAAGAUGCGGGCGAACGCUCGGCCACAAUUGUCCUCCAGCUCGAGAAAGCGUCCCUAAUUUCAGCACUUGACAUCGGGAAUGAAAAUUCCGCAUAUAUUGAAGUCCUGGUCUCAAGAUCAGGGACCACGGAUGAUUUCAAAGUUUUACUGGUAAUGUCUUCCUUCAUGACGCCUUUAGAGGCACGUCAAGGGACUAACCCUAACAAGGUGCGAAUGUUCACCCAAGAGCAUUUAUCCAAACCCGAAUGUGAACAAAAGUGGGACAGAGUCAAGAUAGUUUGCACUCAACCUUUCAACAGACAUGUUCAAUAUGGGCUGUCUUUUAUUACGUUCCAUACGCCUGGAGACAAGCCAAACGGGACCCCAGUCCAGACAACCAUUGGAAAAUUUACGCUAAGGCCUGACUCGCCUGAUAAUCUAACAUCUGGGAGUCUAUUUGCCAGAAGACAGGAGUUUCAAAAAGAGCCCCUUUCCGUGGCAGCUGCCAUAAGAGAAGCCUCUUCAUCACCAGUAACAAAACCAAAGUUAAAAAUUAAUAACACGUCACAAAGUAAUAAUAAUAAUAAAGAUCAUAAACCCGUACCAAGAAACAGGAACGAAAUUCUCUACAAUAAAGAUGAGGAAGAACCUCACGAAAAAAUUGAUAAAAUCAUUGAAAAGAAAGCCAAAGAGGAGACAAAAACCAAGAAUUUCUCCCCCAAACCUAAAGAUUCGGGAGAGACAAGCAAACGAAAGCACGAAUCCAGCAAAAAAGAAAGCCCCAAGAAAAAAAUUAAAGUUGAAAAACGCAGAAAGCCCUUCUCAGAACUGUUGAGGGGUGUGACCUUGGUCAUUAGCGGCAUACAAAAUCCUGAUCGAGGUAAUUUGAGGACGAUGGCGUUGGAAAUGGGGGCCAAAUAUAAGCCCGACUGGGACAACUCUUGCACUCAUUUAAUCUGCGCCUUCACCAAUACUCCCAAAUUCAAUCAAGUGAAAGGCAAGGGAAAAAUCGUUAAAAGAAAUUGGAUUGAGGAGUGUCACUCCCAAAGGAAGCGCCUCCCUUGGAGACGCUUUUGUUUGGAUAAAAAAGAUGCAAAAGAACCAGAGAGUGAGGAUGAGAUUUGGGAGGAAAUUGAGCAAAAAAUUGAGGAGGAUAGUACCGAUGAUGAGGGGUUUGAUGACACAAAAAUGCAAAAAAGAAUAGAGGAAAUUCAAGCAAAACAAAAAGAAAAGUCUCGAGAAAAAGAAACAAAUUCGUUUUCGCAAGACACGGACGAAGAAACAAUUCAGUCAAAGCCGGGCGAUGAGAUUGCCGACAAAUUACCUGGGUUCUUAGACUUCAAGACGUUUUUUAUCGACGAGUGUCUUGAUGAAGACGUUGCAAAGACUUUAGAAAGAUACAUAAUAGCAUACAACGGAAUUGUUGCGGAAAACCCAUCAGAAGACGUUGAUUAUUUCAUAACGUCUGAAAAUAACGCUGAAAAUUUAAAAUCCUACAAUUCCAGAGCAGAGUGUUUGAGACCAGACUGGCUGUGGGACUGUCACAAUAACAAAAAAUUUGUCUCUACUGUUGAUUACUUGUUAUAACGAGGUAAGCAAGCUAUUUAUUUUUCUAAAUAAAUGUGGAAAAAUUAA